GUUUCACGAGCCCCCGGCUGCAGCAGAGAAGUGGACCAAAUGGAGUCGCUGAAGGAGUUUAUCUCUCAGCGGCUUCACGCCGCCGCAGCGGAGAUCCUGGGUGCUGUGGUGAAAAACGUGUCGGACUUGGAGGAGCAGACGGUCCGUCUGAAGGAGGAGAACCAGAGACUCCGCUCCCUGCUGGACAUCAUCGUAAAGUCCACCGAGGCAGCCAGGGAGCCGAAGAUAAUCCGCCGUCCCGAUGAAACCUCACGAAGACCAGCACCGCACAAACAAGCCAAGGUUCUUCCGACCUGCGGACCUCUGAAGCCCAAGUCGAAGUGUCUCUUCGCCUCUCGUGAAGACCUCCUGAAGGUGCAGGACGCGAAUGGGAACUGUCCCUACUGCAUCAAGAAGCUCGCAGCCAACGAGGCGCACCUGCUCAACAGGCAUUACUCACGGGCCAUUCAUUUCAUCUCAGGAGGAACAGAGAAGUUUGUCAUACCCUGCAUGUGCAAAGAUAAGAUCCAGGGCAGAAGUCACUGGCACUGCCCCUGCUGCCAAAAGAUCAUUUAUCGGACAUGUAACUUCGAGGCUCACCUGUCUAAAAUGCACGGUUAUGCGACGCAGCACCAGCACAAAGAUGGCGGUCAGUUCACAAACACCAGCCAGCCCUCUGCCCCUGAGACUGAGGCAAAUCAUGAACCCAUCGAUCAACAGCAGCUGGAGCAGCUGGAGCAGCACACCAUGCUGAUGCUUCAAGUUAAGCAGGAAUCGAAUCAAGCGACAGAUCCACAAGUGCAAGUCGCUGGUGAGCAGUUCCAGAAUGCGGAUAGUCAGACGGGAGGACAGAGUCUGGAGAUGGACUUCAGUGAAGUGUCGGCCAACAGCGUGGUGUUCGUGGACAGUUUCAUUCAAGAUCUCAGUGAGAUCACAAGUCUGCACAACUACACGAAGUGCGGUCAGCCGACGGUAACUGAUGCCGAGUGUCAAACGUCUGCGAGUGUGAAAUGUCAAGACCCUCCUGGAAAACGCGGCGUUGCAGAAACUGUUUGCAACAGCCAGACUGAAGGAUCAACCCAGCUGCCUUCCAAUCACAAUCCCACAGGUUCCCACAGCUGUAAGGUCUGUGGGAAGCUUUUCUCUCACCUGUACAGCCUGAAGGCGCACGCGCAAAAUCACGCCAUGGACAACAAACCCACCUGUGGAGUUUGCGGGAAAUGUCCGAAGCCUGCAGAAAGUUUAACCCAACACCUUCUGAGCCACUCAAAGAGAAACAAGUGCGUCCGCUGUAGGAAAGAGUUCUCUUCUAGCUCGCGUCUGAAACGCCACAUGAUGUUUCACAGAGCAAAAGUAUCGAAUGCUUCAGGCAAAGAUCUUCAGGUGUGAAUUUACAGUAAAAUCAGAUCAUGACAGCAUUAUUAUCAGUAUUAUUGCUUUACUGUGCGUAGGUAUUCUACUCACAAUUUUUUUUUUCAUAUAUUCUCGCAACACUUUGUAGACUGAUCUAAUAAACGUUU